AUGUGCGAAGAAUCUCUUAUACGCUAUCCAUCUCAUAGAAAAGAAAAACAUAAAGACGAUAUUAUAACACCAUAUCUUUCUCCCAUCAAUUUACUUGUGGUUACAUUAUGGAAUUUAAAACAUUAUCAUCCUGAACAAUAUAUUUCUACAGAGAUCAAUUUGGGUCGAUCAACAGUAAAUUAUUUCCUAACAGAAAUCAUCGAUAUUUUACAUUCCUGUAUAUAUCCAGAAUUAAUUUCAUUACCUAUCAAUAUGGGAAGUAAUCGAACACCGCAUGGUCUAGAACGACACCAUAAAUUAACAGUUGAUUCGACUUCCAUUGCAAUUCCUGAACCUUAUGAUUCAGAUCAACGUAAAGCUUAUUAUCAUUCAAAAAGUCCAACAAAUUAUGCAGUGAAGAUACAGAUAGCUUGUGACUUUCAUCAUCGAAUAGUACAUGUGUCCGAAUGUUAUCGUGGGAGUGUACAUGAUAUCACAAUGCUAAGAGAAUAUGGGACUAUUAGAACAUGUGAACGAUUCUGUGCAAAUUAUUGCUGA